AAGAGUGCAGCCUGCAUGCUGAGCCUCACAUCGCCACAAACUGGCAACCAGCGAGCACUGAAAGCAGACUUCCUCAUUCGGGACUGACUAGAUUUAGCCAAAGCUUGUUUUUUUUGUCAGCUACAGGGGAAGGAAAUCCUUGUGGGACCAUGACGGGACCAAGUCAUGCUCUUUGAGUUUUUUUUUUUGUCUCCCCGGCUGCUUCUGCUGAUGGUGGUGAUGGUGAUGAUGCUGACAUGGCUCUCUCUCAAGGAGGGACAGUAAAGUUUUUUGUGGGGGGGAAGGCUUAUUUCCCUCACUUGAACCAGCUUGGAGUGUAAACAUCUGGGAGUGUAGCUGGCUUGGAGAUGAACUUUGGACAUCCGCUGCUUGUGUUGCUCACCUGCACGACCAUUUCAUCAGGGUCUCGGGUGCGCUUCGAAGACAGCGCCCCUCGGAUUGUGGAGGACCCUUCGGACCUGAUUGUUUCCAAAGGGGAGCCGGCCACCCUCAACUGCAAGGCAGAGGGCCGACCCACACCCAGUGUGGAGUGGUACAAAGAUGGCGAGAGGGUUGAAACGGACAGAGACGAUCCCCGCUCUCACCGAAUGCUCCUGCCCAGCGGCUCGCUCUUCUUCCUGCGCAUCGUACACGGCCGGCGCAGCAAACCUGAUGAGGGUGUUUACACCUGUGUGGCACGCAACUACCUCGGGGAGGCCAUUAGUCGCAACGCUUCGCUGGAAGUUGCAAUCCUGAGAGAUGAUUUCCGGCAAGCUCCGAGUGAUGUGGUGGUGGCCGCUGGUGAGCCGGCGGUCCUGGAGUGUGUGCCCCCCCGUGGUCACCCUGAGCCCCUUGUCUCCUGGAAGCGCAACAAUGUCCGAGUCAACACUAAAGACCAACGCAUCUCUGUGCGAGGGGGCAAACUGAUGUUCUCCCAAACCAGAAAAGGCGACGCAGGCAUGUACGUUUGUGUGGGCACCAACAUGGUGGGAGAACGUGACAGCGACCCCGCUGAGCUGGUGGUCUACGAGCGGCCCGUGCUGGUGCGAAGGCCCGUCAACCAGGUGGUGAUGGAGGACGAAACCGUCGACUUCCUUUGCGAGGUCCAUGGGGAUCCUCCUCCGACUGUGCGAUGGCGGCGAGAGGACGGGGAACUCCCCCGCGGGAGGUUUGAAAUUCGCAAUGGAAACAGCCUGCGUUUAUUCCGUGUGAAAGAACAGGACGAGGGGGCGUACACCUGCACAUCGGAGAACAGCGUGGGCAAAACCGAGGCGUCGGCCAUGUUGCAGGUGCACGUACCACCUCAAAUCGCAAGCAAACCCCGGGACCAGACCGCAUCCCAGGGGAGGAGCGUCACCUUCCAGUGCGGCACGACAGGAAACCCCCCACCUGCCAUCUUCUGGCAGAAGGAGGGCAGUCAGAUGCUGCUGUUCCCCGGCCAACCGCCGUCCCAGUCUGGUCGUUACUCGGUGUCCAUGAGCGGGGAGCUGACCAUCACCGACAUCCACCCGGAGGACUCGGGGUUCUAUAUCUGCCAGGCUAUCAGUGUUGCAGGAAGCGUGCUGAGUAAGGCUCUGCUGGAAGUAGAGGGAGGGCCGUCAGGCCGGAUCCCGCCAAUUAUCCGCCAAGGCCCGGCCAAUCAGACAGUGUCUCGGGGUGCAACAGCUCACCUGCACUGCCACGUCAUCGGAGGACCCUCGGUAAAGAUUUCCUGGGAGAAGAACGGAGAAGGAGUUGAGGGGAAUAAAGCUCGUCAGACCUUGGUGGAGAAUGGUACUUUGGAAAUUCGAGACAUCCAGGAAGCAGACUCGGGCAUGUACACGUGUGUGGCUUCCAGCCCCACCGGGGAAUCAAGCUGGAGCGGGAUGCUGACUGUCAGAGAAGGUGGGGUUUCCUCCAUGUCCAGAAUGUCUGAGUUCAUCCAGCUGCCAGGGCCCCCGCAGAAACCCGUGGUGACUGACGUCACCAGAAACAGCGUCACCCUCACUUGGCAGUCCAACCCGCACGAGGGCGGGGCCGCGGUCACCUCCUACAUUAUUGAAGCCUUCAGCCAAUCGGUGGGCAGCACCUGGCAGACGGUGGCCGACCAAGUGAGGCACGAGCGACACACCGUUGUGCGACUCUUCCCCAACACGGUUUACCUUUUUAUUGUUCGAGCUGUCAACUCUUACGGCCUGAGUGACCCCAGCCCGAUAUCGGAGCCUGUCAGGACGCAGGAUGGUAGUCCACCAGAAACUGGUGUGGACCACAGACAGGUGCAGAGGGAAUUAAGCGAGGCGUCAGUCUACCUGCAGAAACCCAUCGUUCUGUCUCCCACCAGUGCCAAGAUUUUUUGGAGUGUUGGCCGUCAUUCGAGCUAUGUUCAGGGUUACCGCGUGUUUUACCGCACCAUCGGCAGUCCGUGGUCAGUCCAGGAUGUGGAAGCCGCAUCGGAGCACAGCACCAUCUUAAUAGAUCUGCUCAGCAACACAGAAUACGAGGUCAAGAUACGGCCUUACUUCAAUGAGCUGCAGGGGCACGACAGCCUCAUUGUGCUGCUGCACACCCCGGAGGAAGUGUUGAGCGCAGCGCCACAGGCUGUGUCCGUGGUGCAGCUCACCAACAGCUCCAGUAUCAGCGUGUCCUGGGAGCCGCCGCCUCAUAACGCGCAGAGCGGCAUCAUCCGGGAGUACAAGGUAUGGUGUGGAACCAGCAGCCUGGAUCAGGAGCACCACAUCAACCGAACAGUGGAUGGCGCUGUCCUGUCCAUCCUGCUGAAUGACCUGCUGCCCGAUGUCCGCUACGCCGUCACGGUGGCCGCCGUCACCAGCCUGGGUGUGGGUGCACCAAGCCCGCCGGUCGACCUUCUUCUCACUCUGCCGGGGGUUCACACCUUAACGCCUGUGAGGAACGACCAGGGCGGCGACGUCAGCAUUUCGGAGCAGAUCACCAUCGUCAUGCGGCAGCCAGCCUUCAUCGCCGGGCUUGGCAUGGCCGCCUGGCUUGCUCUGAUGGGCCUCGCCGCUUGGUUCUACUGCCGCCACCGCAGGAGGAAGCAGCUGGGCCACUACACCACCUCCUUCGCAUACACCCCAGCAGUUGGCUUUGCUCACGGGGAAGGAUCUGGAAUCAUGAAUGGAGGUCCGAGCAUGUUGGGAUCAAACAUGGGCAACUUCCCCUGGCUGGCCGACUCGUGGCCCACCCCGAACCUAAUGCACGCCAGCAAAGACUCCAUCAACUGCUGCUCCGGCAAACUGGACUCAGAUAAAUACUACAAUGCUGUCGGUAUCGCCAAUUACCACCCGGAGAAACACAACGACAGUCCCAUCUACAGCACCAUCAACACAGCGGCGGAGGAGGACCUGCUGACCUACUACGACACCUACUCCAGUACCUCUUACAACCAGGGUCCUGACCCAUACAGCAGCACCCCGGCGCUGUCCGACGGUGGCCUUGUGGGUCUGGAAGAGGACCUGGAUCAGUGGACCAUCCGGUCUGGCUGCUCUACGUCUGAGUACGCCAAGCUUCAGUACUCCAAGAAAAACAACGAUAAAGCGCUAAAGCAAAGAUCUAGCGGUUCUGUGUUCAAGUCCACGCCGCUCACCUGGGUGGACGUGCUGUCGCUCCCCCUCCCGGCCAACAAGGAUGGAAGUCACCCAAAGGCAGAUGAAGGGGAGCAGCACAGCUGUGGGGAGGAAGAUGACGACUGGUGUCCCCCGCUGCCCGCCAGAACCUACCUAAUGGACACCCCUAAAGAGGAGCCCCCAAUCAGGGGCCUGCCGCCGAAACCGGACCAGCUGUCAUACUCGGACACGCUGCGGCCCAACGGCAGUCUGCGGCUGCAGCACAUGGACCUGGUGGCCCGUCACCACUCCCAGUUUUCCCAGUCCAACCCGGAUCUAUUCACCAAGACGUCGGAUGUCGCUGAGGUGUACCGCAGCAGCCAAUGGGGCGAUAGCCUCUGCAAAGGACAAUCUCCUUCUCCGGCCGGCGAUUUGAGCCCCGUGGCCCAAGCACACAGAUCCAGGAGUAAGAAAAAAGUCCCCAAGGAUGGACAACUCAGACGUGAGCUGCACCACCACGCAGCAGGAUCUUUCCAUCUAGAGCUGCCCCCUCCUCCAGCGCCUCCUCCUGUCGACAACUCCAUGCAGCUCCUGGGCGAUGUUCCGACCCGAAACGACGGCAGCGACUCGCCCGGUUCUCCCCAGGGGAGAGGAGGGACAAAGUGGUCAUUGCAGGAUGAGAAUGUAAUCCAGUACGGGCCGUCCCACCAGAUGUCAGGCUGUGGGUCGCUGGGUGGCGUCUUGACCAGGAGGAGGGACGAGAACCUCGUGUGAGAGAUUUCCCUACGGCCUGCUUCCAUCUUGGUGAACCCGGGUUCGCUUUUACAUAAAAACCGAAAGCUUUUCCAUUAAAACGUCCCAUCUUCAGUCCACGACAUCAUUUCACCACUCCGACAGUGUUUCCACCACCUGUCCAAGAAAAAAGUGUACAGACGGAUCAGCUUGUGUUUUUAUCUGCAUGUCUGCAACCUUCCUUCCUCCGGCUACUCAACCAAUCGUGUGCUCGCUGUGGUUGCUGCAGCGGGAUGACACACGCACUCUUCCCGCUCAGCCUUCCUCUGAUGCCAUUUUUACUGCUAAAUGCUGUGUCAACAUGCACAAUCUGGAUGAUCUGUGUGCCAAAGUCUGGAGGCUGCGUCACUUCCACGUUCCAAUCGUCUGCUGCUAUUUCAACCCAAACCUUGACUUGCCGGUGUCCAUUACUGCAUUAUAGAGACACCCGUGACGCUAUCGUGAGACAACAGCGGCCACUGCUGUCUAACAUGGGAAUUACAACCCCCCGGCACAUUGUUUUCAAGUGAACUGAUGAUGAUGGUGAUCAAAUACAGGAAAAAAUUAAGCAAAAUAAUUUUAAACGAUAUUUAACUUUUUAUAUUAAUUAAUAAACAUUUUAAUACAUUAUGUUGACUUUUUAUUAAUUAAUUGAUGUAAUAUUUAUUUCAUUUUUUUACAAUUUAAAAAUGUCUUGCAUAUUGUUUCUUUCACCUCCUGAGACCCAGAAACAUAAGGUUGCAUUUUCUUAGGUCAGCACAACAGCUUUAUUUUUGCACCGUGUUUCACAUUGGGAAGAAGCCUCUGAAAGGCUUGUCCCAGGGGGCGAAAAAAAACAAGUCAGUUGCGUAAUGUCCCUUAUUUAUUGUCUUUCAUAUUUGACCUGGUUGAUUUCAACGAUCUUGUAAGCGUGUUACUGUUCCUCCGUGUAAAUAUACAUCCUUACUUUUUUAUUAUCAGCUAUGUUACUAAAUAGUACGAUGGAGUAUUCGGGACACUUUGAAAAAAACUUAUCAGAGAUUUCGAGAACAAAGUCGUAAAUUUACAAGAAAAAAAGUUUAAAUUUGACCUUUGCCCAAGUCCCUAGCCCAAGACCCUUUUCAUAGCUGUCUCAGGCAAUGCCUGUUACAACGGAGUAUUCAAAUAAUCAGAGAUUUUAAGAAUAAAGUAAAAAGUUGUAAUAUUGCGAGAAUAUAUUAUGUACAUUUACAAGAAUACAGUCGUAUACUUACAUGAAAAAACUUUCUUACAGGCAUUGCCUGAGACAGCUAUGACAGUAUUCUCCAUAAUAUGACAAUUUUACUGUACAAAUUUAUUCCUGUACAUUUUCUCAUGAAUUAAUGGCUUUAUUCUCAUAAUAUCACAAAUUUUUUCUCACACAUUUUCAACUUCAUUCUUGUAAUAUUACAACUUCUGUCUUGUAAAUUUAUGAUUUUUUUCUUAUACAUUUACAAUUUCAUUGUUAAAAAAGAGUUUUUUCUCGUAAAUUAUGUGUUUUAUGCUCAUACAUUUUUAUUCUUGUAAUUUUAGAACUUUUUUAUCGUAAAUUGACACAUUUUUCUUGUACAUUUAUAACUUUAUUCUCUGAAAUUUUCCAAUAUUUUCUUGUGAAUUGAAAUUUUUAUUCUCAUAAUAUUACAAGGUUUGUUUAAGUUUUUUUCUUUAUUCUCAAAAUCUCAGGCAUUGCCUGAGGCAGCUCUAAAAAGGAAAGAACUAAGGUAAUCUUACAGUUUUAUUUCUCAUAAAUUGACAACUUUAUUCUUGUAAAUGUCUUUUUUUUCUUACAAAUUUACGACUUUAUUCCUGUAAAUUUUCGACUCCAUGCUGGAAAUUUCAGAUGAGUAUUUUUCCCAGUGGGCUAAUACUCCACGGUAGAAAAACAAAGAGUAUUUUUGGGCAAUGAAAGUGAAAAUGGCAGAUAUUGUACAGCAGAUUCUUGAAUGUAUCUUGGGUUUUAUCUGGGUCGUGUUGUGUUGGAAGAGGCUGAAAACGCUAAACUCGUGUGUGUAUGUGUGUGUGUGUGAGAGAGAGAGUGUAUAGGAGUUCAUGCACGUGUGUGUGUUGUGUUAGUGUGUGUUCAUGUUGUCAUUUUUCACCUCUGUAUGAGUGUACCGUGGUUUGUUUCAUUGACAUUUUUAAAAAAAAUAAUGAAUAAAAGACAACAUGGAUGAAAAAUGUUGAUUAAGAACCUUAUUUUCCUGUGGAGAUGUAGAUAUAGCUUUAUAUUUGUAAUGGUUCAUGCGUUUUUCCAAAGAAGUAUUUGGGCCAAAGUGGAAAAAAAUGAUGUAAACAUUCAGAAAAAGGCGGUUUGUACGUUUAUUGUCAUAAAAUUGUGGUAAAAAAAAAAAUAUAUAUAUAUAUAUAGGUUACACUUGAUAUAUAGGUUAUCA